GCGGGCGGAGCGGGGCCGGGAUGGAGCGGCUCCGGGCGGCGGGGCGGGGCCAGCGCGCCGCAUAAAAGCCCCUCGCCGAGCGGGAAGCGCCACCGCGGGCGCCGGGCCACGCCGCUGUCACCACGGUGAUGGGCUCGGUGGCGCUGUGAGGACAGAGCUCGCGAGCCGGAGGGCAAGGACGAGAGAGCCGCGGCCGAGCGGACCCUGGAGAAGCCAAGCGGCCGGCGGGAGAAGUAAGAGCCCCCGGCGCGCACAGCACAGCCCGAGCCGGCCGGCCCGGUUCGCGGCGCCGCGCUGCAAGCGGAGAAAGUCCCGGAGCCUUGGCUUCAGCUAACGAGAACUUCUGUCAUCCUCAUCCUCAAAGAGGAGGCUGGCGGGGCGGCACAGGCAACCUGAUUUCUCCGGCGGAGAGCGGCCGCUUCUGGAAUAAGCCGCCGCCUGUGCGCGCGGAGCGCCGCAUCCCUUGCGGGGUUGCAGCUGCGGGCGCCCUGCACCUCGCCCCUCACCCCCUCCAAAGCCACUCUUGUCCGUAAGCACAAGUGACAAGGAAGUAGCCAUCCAGUGUAGGAGUCUUUUCUUUUCUUUUUUCCUUCACCUUCUCUGCCAGUGCCUGUAUAUUUUUUAUUUUAUUUAUUUAUUAGUAUUUUUUAAAGAGAGUAGAGCUGGUCCUUACUUCGGGAAAGGUUUUUCUUUUUAAUUGGAAAGGCUCUUUCUCUGAAUACGUUCACACCCACACACCUCUAAAAAGACAGAGACACAUCGGAGGCUGAGCGCCCAAGGAGAAAGAUGGAAAAGGGAGCCCGGCACCGGAACACCGACAGGAACCACCCGGGUGGGAGCGAGCCCGAGGCGGACCCCGACGCCGGGUCCGGAGGGGGCGGGGUGGCCCUGAAGAAGGAGAUCGGAUUGGUCAGCGCCUGCGGCAUCAUCGUGGGGAACAUUAUUGGCUCUGGAAUCUUCGUCUCACCUAAGGGUGUGCUGGAAAACGCCGGCUCUGUGGGCCUCGCACUCAUCGUCUGGAUUGUGACAGGCAUCAUCACAGCUGUGGGAGCCCUGUGCUAUGCCGAACUUGGGGUCACUAUCCCCAAAUCAGGGGGUGACUACUCCUACGUCAAGGACAUCUUUGGAGGACUAGCUGGCUUCCUGAGGCUGUGGAUUGCAGUUCUGGUGAUCUACCCCACCAACCAGGCCGUCAUCGCCCUCACCUUCUCCAACUACGUGCUACAGCCACUCUUCCCCACCUGCUUCCCCCCAGAGUCGGGCCUGCGGCUCCUGGCUGCCAUCUGCUUGUUGCUUCUCACAUGGGUCAACUGCUCCAGCGUGCGGUGGGCCACACGGGUUCAAGACAUUUUCACAGCUGGGAAGCUCCUGGCUCUCGCCCUCAUCAUCAUCAUGGGAUUCGUGCAGAUCUGCAAAGGAGAAUACUUUUGGCUGGAGCCAAAGAACGCAUUCGAGAAUUUCCAAGAACCAAAUAUUGGCCUCAUUGCACUGGCCUUCCUGCAGGGAUCUUUUGCCUAUGGAGGCUGGAAUUUUCUUAAUUACGUGACUGAGGAACUUGUUGAUCCCUACAAGAACCUUCCCAGAGCUAUCUUCAUCUCCAUUCCACUGGUCACAUUUGUAUAUGUCUUUGCCAAUAUCGCCUAUGUCACUGCAAUGUCCCCCCAGGAGCUGCUGGCAUCCAACGCAGUCGCUGUGACUUUUGGAGAGAAGCUGCUGGGUGUCAUGGCUUGGAUCAUGCCCAUCUCGGUGGCCCUGUCCACCUUUGGAGGUGUCAACGGAUCUCUCUUCACUUCCUCUCGGUUGUUCUUUGCUGGAGCCAGAGAAGGCCACCUCCCCAGUGUUCUGGCCAUGAUCCACGUGAAGCGCUGCACCCCCAUCCCAGCCUUGAUCUUCACAUGCAUCUCCACGCUCCUGAUGCUGGUCACCAGUGACAUGUACACACUCAUCAACUACGUGGGCUUCAUCAAUUACCUCUUCUACGGAGUCACAGUGGCCGGGCAGAUAGUCCUCCGCUGGAAGAAACCAAACAUCCCACGCCCCAUCAAGAUCAGCCUGCUGUUCCCCAUCAUCUACCUGCUGUUCUGGGCCUUCCUGCUGGUCUUCAGCCUGUGGUCGGAGCCUGUGGUGUGUGGCAUUGGCCUGGCCAUCAUGCUGACCGGAGUGCCCGUCUACUUCCUGGGUGUCUACUGGCAGAACAAGCCCCAGUGUUUCAACAGCUUCAUUGAGUGGAUCACCCUGGCGAGCCAGAAGAUGUGUGUGGUGGUGUACCCCGCCAUGGAGGAGGGCUCGGGCCGAGAGGAGGAGGACGGGGACGACAUGGCCGAGCAGCGGCAACCCAUCUACAAGCCUAGCGCCUCCAGGGAGGCCUUGGAGCACGCCUAGCCUGGACCACAGCUCCUCCACCAACCCUGCCCUCUCCCACCCAUGUCCCCUCUCCAGGCCCCCCAGCUCACACACACACACACACACACACACCCUGCUCCGCCAACAGAGCCAAGACUGGGUGUAGGUGGAGAAGCACUAAACCAAGACUGACAUCAGGACCUAAAAAAGCAGCCUCUCACCCACAUGGCCUGAGGCUCCACUUAGAACAGCCUGGAUGCCCAUGGUCUUCCCUCUAGCCCUCAGUUUCCUCCCCUGGAGCCUGAGUUCAGUAUUGCCUCUCUCCUCCCCAUCUCUGAACCCAAGGGGGUUGGGGGCGCUCUGCUCAGAGUUGCCAGCAGUGAAGUGCAGCUGGAGAGACUAGAAUCCUCCUCCCUUCAUUGGGGACCCAAGAAACCAGAGGGGGCGCUUUGCUGGACGUUCCCUGCCUCAGCCGGGCCCAUCCACAGUCGGGUUCCGUAGGCCAUAGCCUAAGGACCAAUGCUCAGGAGCACCGCCUGGCCCUGGCACAGCCUGCGCUGUUCGCAGGAGGUCAGACUGCCCCGCCUCCUGUGCCCCCCAGCCCGUGCCAAAGCUGCCAGAAGGGCUGCUUAUCUUCCCUGGUGCCAACCUCACUUUCCCCGCCCCUCCCCGUUCCUCCCCUCCCCUCCCCUCCCCUCCCCUCCCCUCCUCAUGACAGAGCAGUUCCACUCUUGCCCCUACCCCCAAAGGGAAGGAGCAGUCAUCAGGCUGCCCCCAGACACACCCCUGACACCCCCCCCCCCCCCCCCCCCCCCCCCCCGCAGCCGGCUGCCUAGCGCCCUUUUCCUCCUCUCUGGGCCUGACUGGGUAUGAAAGCUCCCAGAGCCCUUCAGGCCUGCAACCCAAGCCAAGUGAGCCUUAAGUCACCUCCCAUCCAAGAACUGGGCCUAAAAAUACCCCCCUCGUUUCUUGCCCUCGGGACAGGCCGGGUGUGAGAUGCCCAGAAGUACCCUCCCCCGCCCCACCAUUUCCGAGAGUUCUGCAAACCAGCCCUUACAGGCCAGCCUCUGCAUAGACCCCAGGACAGGGGCUGAGGGGAGGACCACUGGGCACCAGGCACCCUUUGGAAACCCUCAGAAAACCUACCCUCUGUACCAUGCAGAGCUCCAGCAUCCGCUCUUCCCGUGCGCCCAAGGACCACCGCUGCUCAGCCUCUCCACGUGAUGGCCCGCCCGCUCCCCGCCCCCACUCCCCCAGGGAGGCACUCCUGUGGGUCCACCACAUAGUUGGGGGCCAGACUGGGUCUGAGUCGGGGUCCUUCCCAAGGAUCUCCAGGUGGGAUGGGACUGGCCCCAGAGGGCCAGGGGACCACCCUCCUGCCCCUCUUCUCAUUCCUCCACCCUCUUUCAAUUAUUAUUAUUUUUUUUGUAAAGUGGAUGCCUUACUUUUUGGAUAAAUAUUUUUGAAGUUGGCAUUUCUAUUUCUUUUGAAAGAUUUUUUUAAUGUAAGGUUUUUUUGUGUGUUUUUCCCCCAGGGGAUGGGGUGGGGUGGGAGAUGUCAUUGUACCUGAAGAAUCAUCUUCUGUCUUUGAGCUUUGUUUAGGUCUUAGAGGGUGCUUUGUUUUGUGCAGGGUUCCUUUAUUCUUUUGAUGUAAUAAAAUUUUCAAAAGAACCGUGGAGUUGGUGGUGCUGGUGAUUAAAUGACCUUCUGAGCCAGUCAUCAAGCAUUUCUCAGUCCUGUCAGAGGUGGGGGGUGGGGUGGGCAGGGGUGGAGUCUGCCUGUUGGGCCCUUUCCUUGGCACCCUGAGGGACCCUCGGCAGCGCUGUCGGACUCCUCAUCCUGAACCCAAAACUCUUUUUUGCUGUAAAAUCACAAAGCUCCUCACCUCACUGUGCACACUGGCUGGGGGGCUGGGAGAGGGUCAGAGGGACCCCAAACCAGAAUGGGGGAGGAGAGGGCUUUGAGGGUUCUGGUAUGAUGGGCUCAGCCUUACAAAGCCCUCCAGCUGUCUAGGAGGUGGUGCAGUGGAUAAAGCGUUGGACUCUCAAGCAUGAGAUCCCAGGUUCAAACCAGCAUUGCAUGUACCAGAGGGAUGCUCUGGUUCUCUCCUAUCUCACUAGUUACAAAAAAAAUAAUAACAGUAGGGUUCUGAUUCUUUUUCUCUAUGUCUAUCUUCUUCAUGAAUAACAAGAUCUUUUUAAAAAAUGAACUUGGAUUUCAAAACAAUAAAAUAUUUAAUAAAUUAAUAAUAAAAAGAUGCAUACAUUACUAUGUACAAAGACCUACUUAGAGUGAUCUGGGAAGUGGCGCAGUGGAUAAAGCACUGGACUCUCAACCAUGAGGUUCUGAGUUUGAUCCCCGGCAGCACGUGUACCAGAGUGAUGUCUGGUUCUUUCUCUCCUAUCUUUCUCAGGAAUAAAUAAAUUUUUAAA